ACCCUUAAGUCGCUGGACACCUCGGUAUGUUCCCUUGUAAGACAAAACCCUUAAGCUGAAGUUUAGCUUUAGACUUUCAAGUUGUUGCACAGUUUGGAAACCUCGUCACCAUUACGCCAUUGAUUCGUUUAAAAACGGAGGAAAUCAGGCAUCUCUUCUGGGGAAGACGAAUUUAACCAAAUCAUUAAGAACCAUACUCAUUAUCAAAGUGAAGUUCGGGUUAAUUUGUUAAAUUAUGGGUGGGCAAGAAAAUGGGUGGGGAUGUUCCACGUGCUCAAAAACCUGCACUACUAAAUGCAACUUAAAGCUUCAUAUGCUAACGCAUGACCCCGACGCAAAGGUCAAAUGUGAGAUCUGCGGGAAAAUUUCUAAAAAUCCAAAACUCCUAUCGGCACAUAUAAGAAUGCUUCACACUGACCGGGACCGACCAAGUUGUGACAUUUGCCACCGUUUAUUUAGUACCGAUGCAAAGUUAAGGAGACACGUUAAUAUCGUUCAUAGCACGACCAAACGACCCCGUUUGCCAUGUGGAUUUCCGGGAUGUGGGAAAACCUACUUGAACAGGCAUAGUGUGUCUUACCACAUUAAAGCUGAUCAUUCCGAGAAUCCGACGCGAUUUCCAUGCACUCUUUGCGGUAAAGAAUUCAAGAUCCGAAGAAUCCUUGAGGCACACAUUUCCACCCACACGACGGAAAAGACGCACAUUUGCUCCACUUGUGGGCGGGGUUUCCGUUUCGGCCAACUCACGGUCAUGAAAUAUCACGAGAGGACUCAUCCGUGUUUAUUUUGCGACAAAAGAUUCUCGACAUUGGGCAAUAUGAGGCGUCACGUGGAGGCGAGACAUCCCGAGAAUAAGGAGAAGAUCCAUUCCUGCAAUGAAUGUGAGUACAGGACACACUCGAAAUUAAAUUUAGCCCAACACGCGAGGCGUCACAACCCUGUGAAUCGACGAGAAUGUUAUUUUUGACAGAAGCAGUUUUUCUACUUUUCAGGAUUGUUGAAACCCUGUCGCCGUCACACUCUUGAACUGUUAUAAAUGAGGAAAUUUGUUGCUGGUCUUGUAUGAUUUUAUUGUUGGGUCGGCAAUGAUUUUCUUGCGAUAUCCUUUAAAAUUUAUAGAUUUGGCAAAUAUUUCCAAAACAUUGCUCACAAAUAAUCUCUGCAAUCUGUUAGAAGCUUCCCAAAAAUGAUAUUCUUGCAUGCAUAUGAUGAUUGCUGUAAUUUUUCUCGAAUUUCUUGAAUAAA